AUGGGGUUUUGCUGUGGGUGUUCGGAUGUCAAGGUGCUCCCCAAGAACAACUCCUUGGCUUCCUCGCCCUCGCCGUCCGCUAAAGAUUCCAGCGAUGGCGCCAAGAAGAAGCAGCCUCAAGCCGUAAAGAAGGAAGGGAAAGAGAAGAAAAGGAGCAACCUUGACCGGGCCGCCAUGGCGUCGCCCCGCCUCCCCUUCCAUUCUCGACCCGGCCUAAUGUAA